CUGCAAAGCCAAACAGUAACAAAGCAACCAAUGAAGUAACACAGAAGUUCUGUCCAGUGGGCUCAACCUGGACUCGGGCAAAUGGCGCCACGCGCUAAGGAGGUCGCGUAUUCGUCUAUUUCUUGGCUUGUUAAUGGUGCCCUGCUGUAAGACGGCGCAGCCUGUACCGUCUUGAAGACCUCGAUUGGGGUGCCUCGAUCAUAUUAAAGGACACUGGCGAGAAGCAUCUAAUAAUUUUUCUUCCUCGCGCUUCAAACGUCAGUACUGACACCAUGCGUAACACCUAUUUACCGCCAGUCAGCUUUGUCAAAGCUAAAGAAGGCCCGGCCCUUUCCAUUCAGCUGCUCGACCCUUCUGCGCCGCUGUACCCGGGCUCAGUCAUCCGCGGACACGUCACCCGAAAAUUGCACAUCUUCGCCGCCGUCGCUACCGUCCGCGUAUAUCUAAUCGGUGGCUCGGCCGCCCGGCUUUGGGUACAAAGGGGCACAUCCGCAGUUGUGUUGGGCGCGGGCUUCGAUUUCUGGAGCCGGAACGCCGUAUCCCAAGUCGUUCACCAGGGUCCGUUGCACAUCGCACCAGAGCCCGAUACCGCGUCGCAGACCUAACCUCUAGGACACGAC